GGAAUUGGUUCAGUCAACACUAGGAGGCGCUAGUAGUUAAAGACUAAAGUCACUGCAAUUAUUUUUCAGUACCUACUUACGGGAAAGUAAAUAGAUUUCUUUAAAAAUUGCUUAGAAACAAAUGUUUAAAUAUAAUGAAUAAUGAUGAGUGUUAAAGUGGCUGUUAAGUGAGUGAAAACAGUGAUGAGAAUAAAUAAACUGUGUGCCUUAUAAAACAAAAAGCUAUCAUCGCGUUCUAUACCCAACGCCAUUUUGAGGCGAAUUUUUGUAUUGUAAGUGCCAAGUAUUUCGCAAUAAUUUCAAUUUCCACCCCCGAAAAGGGGUGGUGCAAGAAGAUAUUCACAUUGGUUGAUGUGAAAAGAGUAUCUGUGGGCGGUGACCCAGAACGAAACGAAUCGGAGACGGGAGCUGCGAACGUAGAUGUCCUGAGAUAGCGGUUGCGGAGGAUGGCCCCAGGCGGCAAGAGCGCUCUAAUUAACUGACGGACGCUGCCGGCUUACAGCUGGCGCAAGCUAAAAAGAUGCCUCGACCAGGCAGUCUUAAAGAUCCUGACAUAGCAGAGUUGUUUAGUAAACAUGAUCCUGAGAAAAUCUUUGAAGAUCUCAGGGAGAUUGGACAUGGCUCCUUCGGUGCAGUGUAUUAUGCUCGCUGCAACCUCACAAAGGAGAUUGUUGCCAUUAAAAAGAUGUCCUACUUGGGAAAACAAAGCGAGGAGAAAUGGCAGGACAUCUUGAAGGAAAUAAAAUUUCUCAAACAAUUGGAGCAUCCAAACACCAUUGAGUACAAGGGGUGUUACAAACGUGAACACACAGCAUGGCUGGUUAUGGAGUAUUGUGUGGGAUCCGCUUCUGAUAUUAUUGAGGUUCACAAGCGACCACUACGCGAAGAAGAAAUUGCUGCAAUAUGCGAAGGCGUAGUAUGCGGCUUAUCCUACCUCCACAGUCUCGGCAGAAUACAUCGUGAUAUCAAAGCUGGUAACAUUCUGCUCACCGAGAAUGGUACUGUGAAGCUGGCCGACUUUGGAAGCGCAAGUAUUAAGUGCCCGGCGAAUAGUUUCGUUGGCACGCCUUAUUGGAUGGCGCCCGAAGUUAUAUUGGCCAUGGAUGAAGGAGAAUAUGAUGGAAAGGUGGAUGUAUGGUCUCUCGGUAUAACGUGUAUUGAGUUAGCUGAACGGAAGCCGCCGUAUUUCAAUAUGAAUGCAAUGUCAGCAUUGUAUCAUAUUGCACAAAACGACUCGCCUACACUACAAGCGCCAGAAUGGACGGACACGUUCCGCUACUUCGUAGAAGCGUGCCUGCAGAAGAACCCGCCGGACCGGCCGUCGUCCACGAAGCUGCUGUCGCACCCGUACAUCACGCGGCCGCGCUCGCCCAACGUGCUCGUCGACCUCAUACAGCGCACCAAGGCGGCCGUGCGCGAUCUGGACAACCUGAACUAUCGCAAGAUGAAGAAGAUACUGAUGGUCGAUGGGGACAAUGAGAGCGCUAUCGGUGACAGUGAGGAAACACCAGAAGAACCAUCGGGUGGUGACAGCUCCAAGUCGAAUUCUGCGACGUCAGAGCACAGCGCGGCCGGCGCCUCCAGCCAGAGCUCGUCCUCGGGCAGCCUGAGGAGGAGGCCUCAUGCUAUGAACGCCAAUCACCAGAAUCAACAACAGCCUGUGUACCAGCAGUACAAUCACCAACCAUCGCAUCAAACAAGAGCACGCAAGCGCUGGUAUAAUUCAUGUUGGUGUUUACGCAGAGGCGACAGCCCCGCGUCGCACGACGACUACGUGAACAGGGAGGUGCUGCGCGACUACGCGAACCGCGACUCGCUGUGCGACGACUACGGGGACGACUACGCGAACCGGGAGGCGAUACGCGAGGCGCAGAGGGAGAGGGAGAGGGAGCGGCAGGCCAACGAGUACCGCGAGUAUGUGAACGCGCCCGCCGCCUGGCACGACGCGCCCGGCGACGAUAAUAGGAACACGCAGCGCAGGCAGACGCAUAGAGAUGUAUCAUCAGUCGCGAUAUCGUUGGUGUCGGAGCACGGCGCAAAUAACUUCGCUACAAUAAGAACAACCAGUAUUGUCACUAAGCAACAAAAAGAGCAUAAUCAAGAGAUGCACGAGCAGAUGUCGGGCUACAAGCGCAUGCGGCGCGAGCACCAAGCGGCGCUGCUGAAGCUGGAGGAGCGCUGCAAGGCGGACGUGGACGCGCACAAGGCGCAGCUCGACCGCGAGUACGACGCGCUGCUGCAGCAGCUGUCGCGCGACCUCGAGCGCUUGCAGACAAAACACGUGCAAGAAUUGGAUCGCAAGCAGAAACAGAACGCGGCGGCGGAAAAGAAACUGAUCAAGGAUAUAACGGCGCGGCAGGAGCAAGAGCGGAAGGCGUUCGAGGCGCAGCGCAAGCGCGAGUACAAGGCGAACAAGGAGCGGUGGAAAAAGGAGCUCAGCAUGGACGACGCCACGCCGAAGCGACAGCGGGACGCGACGUUGCAGUCACAAAAGGACAACAUGAAGCAGGCGGAGGCUGCGGAGGAGGCGCGGCUGGUGCGGUCGCAGCGCGAGUACCUCGAGCUGGAGCUGCGCCGCUACAAGCGACGCCGCAUGCUCGCGCUGCACCACAAGGAGCAGGAGCUGCUUAGGGAGGAGCUGAAUAAACGACAACAGCAAUUGGAACAAGCGCACGCAAUGUUACUGCGUCACCACGAGAAGACACAAGAGUUGGAAUACCGACAACAGAAAGGAGUGCAUGCGUUAAGGGAAGAACAGUUAUCAAACCAACACGCGACGGAGUUAGCGAACCAACGCGACUACAUGCAGAGGGCUGAACACGAGCUGAGGAAGAAGCACGCGUUACAGCUCAAACAACAACCCAAGAGUCUAAAGCAAAAAGAAAUGCAGAUCCGCAAACAGUUUAGAGAAACGUGCAAAAUACAGACGCGUCAGUACAAAGCACUCAAAGCGCAAAUAUUACAGACGACGCCUAAGGAACAACAAAAGGAAGUGAUAAAAUCACUGAAGGAUGAGAAGCGACGCAAGCUGGUAUUGCUCGGCGAACAGUAUGACCAAAGUAUUAGUGAGAUGUUGCAGAAGCAGACUGUUCGCCUGGACGAGAGUCAGAUGAUGGAGUGCCAGCAGCUGAAGAUGCAGCUGGAGCACGAGCUGGACAUGCUGACGGCGUACCAGAGCAAGAGCAAGAUGCAGGCGGAGGCGCAGCGCAACCGCGAGCGCCGCGAGCUCGAGGAGCGGGUCGCCGUGCGCCGCGCGCUGCUCGAGCAGAAGAUGGAGUCUGAGUGCGCGCAGUUCGUGGCGGAGCGCGCGGAGCGGACGCGCAUGUUGCACGACCGCCACGAGCGGGAGCUCGAGCAUUUCGACAACGAGAGCGCACGACUCGGCUUUAGUGCAAUGGCGAUAGCGGAGGGAAGCCGGGAGGGCUACGGCGAAGAGGAGCAGUCGCUGUCGGGCUCCAUGCUGUCUCUAGCACAUAGCAAUUCCUCAGCAAGCUUUCCCGCGGGCUCACUCUAAUUUCAACCUUAUCUCCUUGCAAUAAGAACGAGGCGAAACACUAUUUUAAUAUUACCCUUGUAAUAGCGCUACGAUUAGUAGUAAUAGUCUCCGCUAACGAUUUUAGUUAGCUUUACAAACUUAAUAAAAUUCACAGAAUAACAGAUAUAAAUGGAUAAACACAUUGUUGCAACAUUUGAAAAUGAAAUAUUUAUUCACUUCUAAGGUUGUCGAUUUAAAUGGCUUCUAAUGCCGAUUUUGCAUAAAUCCACGUUUAAUUAACAAUAUCUUGUCAGUUCAUAUUUUAAAGUAUUCAGAAUGCAAGUAAUACAAAUAUAACGGUUUUAUAAUGGUUUAGUUGAAGUUCGCAGACAGUUAAAGCUUUGUAGUUGUGCGUCCUAGUUUGCUAUACUUAGAUAAAAUGACAGUGGAAUGUUGAAGAAAUUAUAAUGCGCUGUGCCACUAUAAAUUAAGAUGUUCUAGAUUCGAUAAAAAUCAUCCAUUUAAAUCAUUACAAGCGUAUAUCUAUGAUAAAAAGUACAAUUCACAUCAAAAUGUUAAUUUUGUACUAGUGUACAAUUUGUUGUUUUAUACGGAAAAAAAUAUAAACAGGAUAAAAAAACGUUUAUUGAAAAAAUACAUUCUGCAUUUCAUCUUCAUUUGUACUGUUGUUGUUUUAAAAUAAAAUAAAAAAUAUUAGUAGUUUUUACCGUACAGGGUUUGUCAACGGUAUUAUAAAAUUAUUAAAGUGUAAGAAUUUUUCUAAAUCAUUUUGUGCAUUAUCUUGCUCCAUUUUAUGCUUAUUCCAUUUUAUAUCUGAGACUGUUCAGCCCUCCCGUUAUAUGCAAACAAGCGUUUUGUUUGCUUGUUUGUCACACAACUUGAAGCAAUACCUCGUUCUCUCUAAGAUGAAAAAUUUGCACGGUUUUUAUUGUGACAGCACGCACGUGUUUUGUACAUGCAAUUUUUGUAAUUUUUUUAUUAUAAUUAUUUUUUUGUUAACUGUCUUCCAAGAGUAUGUCAGUAUUCGUCUAGCCAAUAUCUUGAAGAGAGGGCAUUUCCUAUUAUAUUACACCAUUAAGUUUAUUGCACUCCAUUAUUGAUUUAUUUGUGUGUAUGUAACGGUAUCUUGACGAUGUUUUAUAUUGAAUGAUUUGAAAAUUUUAUGAUUUUUUUUAAACAUAAAAUAAUGUAGGAAUGUUUUAUUUAAAUACGCUGUUGCAUCUCGCAAACUUUUUGUAUAUUAAUGAGGGUGUGUAAAAAUGUGUGGAUUAUAUAACGUGGACAAGAGACGCUUUUACUAGAUUUUUACUCAAACGAGAAUUAGCUCCGCCGUUUACGAUGUUCUCUCUAAAUGGAAAAUUGUUUUGGUGAUUCCAGAUUAUUCGAUAGCUUCUAAUUUCGGGUCGACGUCGCGCUUCAACCAACGAAUUUUAUUCAAAGAUCAAAAUUAGACCGUCCAAAUUAAAUAUCCGCGCGGCAAACGAACGACGGAGCCAAUUCACACGUAGAGCAUGUUGUUCUCUUUACUAGUUCUCUCAAUCUAUCUUGUAUAAUAUCGUAGGCUAUCAUAAGUUUAUAGUUGUUUUAGUGAAAUUUCCAUCUUGAUAGUUUCGCAUUACUCAAGAUCGAGAAGUUGUCGAAGCGACCCGAAAGCGUCAAGUGGUAUUCUAAGGUAAACUUUGUAGUGUAGCCGAGCAAUGUUGAUCCUCAAAGUGUACGCUUAAGAUAUUUGACGAAAGGCAUUAUGAGUUGCGUCCCGCGCGCCCCACCGCCGUCGAACGAUACUGUUAUUAUUUAACGUUUAGAUAGUCAAAAUUUUAAUCUUCAUAUCAUUAGUUUUUACUUUAGGGGCAAUUUAUUCUCGUAGCGUACGUUGAAUUUUUUAACUAGCGGACUGAUCGUAUUCGUUUAUGGCCUAGAAUUGUGUUUAAUAGAUGUUUAGACAGUUUUUUGUAAUACGAUGUUAUUAUGCUUGCGUUAGAUGAUUUUUUAGAUUUAAAUAUUCACGCUUUAUCGAUCAUAACAAAAUGCAGGUGCUGUUUAAUAAAAAUUUAUAACCGACUGCCAAUUAUGUUUUGUAAAUAUAAAAAUAUAUAUUAUUAUUAACGUGUAUAAGUGAGCACAUAUAUUGCCUUCCGGCGCUGGGGCGCGCUCGACGUUUGUGUAUAUAAAGAACAAUAAUAUAUAAUAAUUAACUAUAGAUAGUAUACUUUUGUAAGGUGCGAGUGUGGUUUGUGUACAUUCGAAAUGGGAAACAAUGUGCUAUUUUAUUUGUUUAUUAGAGGUCUAAUACGUUGUAUUUGUCACCUAAGCUUACCAGUCAUGUGUAUAGACGACUAUACUAUUUAAUUUAGCGCCGAUUUAGUCAUAAAUAUCCAAAUUUAGUUAAUACUAUCAUUAAUUGAAAAAAUAAUUAUUUUUUAAUUUCUAAUAUCACAUUGCUUGUAAGCAUCACACGAUGUGAUCUUUUUGUAUUAUUUGAGUCUGUUAGUAUUAAAAAAUUUCAAUAUACACGAAAACUGUAAAGAGAUGAGUUGAAAUUAUAUUAUAUUAUGUACAUUACAAUGUUGGAGUAUUGUAUUUAAACAUAUAAAGGAACAUUUUGCGUAAUGCCAUUUAACAGCUACAAAUUCGUUUGAUUUACGUAUGUUGUUAAUUGUCAUUAUGUAUUCGAACCCUUCUCUCCUCCCCACUGACCAAUUCAAUGACAAUAAUCUAUUGCAGCCUGUCUUGUCUGUACUGUGGAAGUCGAAUAGAGUGCAGUGGUGGAUCCUGAUUGAUUAAAUCUUUCUAUAUAUAUGUAACUAUGUAGUAUAUUAUAUCCAUUUUAAAGUAUCAAUUAUUGAAAGGUGGUAAAUUUAAGCGCUUUAUAGUUAUUAACAAAUCCACCGUAUUAACGAUGUGUAAAAGAGAUCUAUGUAAAUUUGCUAUGCACUUUUUAAACGAGCGCAUCAACAGAAUAAAAUCUAUUUAGAACCUAAAUUAAUAUAUCGGUGAUAUCAAUUAAUAUUAA